UGACGCAUGACGGACGAGGUGGCUCACACGGCGAGAUUCGCCCCGCGCCGCGACCCAAACCGAACCCCCCACACAUGAACGCCACCAGCACGAGACGAUACAGACGAGACCAGCAGCUCCAUCUCCACAAUUCGUGUGCCUUCCCCUACCACUACGCGGCUCCCGAGGAGACGAAUCGGGCCUCCUCCAUCUCCCCUUCCGAUCGCCGCCGCUACGUCGAUAUUGGAAGGGGCUCUGACAGCUCGAACACCGACUUAAGUUGCAUGGGGAGAGGAUGCCAUUACUGCGCAGCAGUACUCGCCAAGCACGUCUGAGGUUCAGGAAGCUUGACGAUCAACAAGCAGAGCCGGCUGUGAAACCGGUGCCACCUGCUCCACAGAGAGCAGGGAAGCACGUUCAUAUACCUGCUGCCAGGGGCAGAAAGGGUGCUCCUUGGAGAAGAGUGGUGCCGGCACCAAGGCGUGCAAGAAAGGGGGCGGAAGUUGUUGACUUGGAUGCUAACCUGGGUUCUGAACACCUCCCUAAAGCUGUUGCCAUACAUGCAGUUGUUUGUGAAUCCAAGGACCCUGCUUUGAACAAGGUUGCUCAGGGUGUCGGCAAUAAAGGUUUGAGAAUGGAUGGUGAAAGUGCUGAGAAGCUUGUCGGCGCUGAAGACGAUUCAACAAUAGCACCAAUCCCGGAGAGGGUUCACGUAGGUAAUUCUCCUGUGUAUAUAACUGACAGGAAACUAGGUAAAGGUGGCUUUGGUCAAGUGUAUGUUGGUAGAAGGGUAUCUGGUGGGACUGCUCGCACUGGUCCUGAUGCAUAUGAGGUUGCAUUGAAGUUUGAGCACCGGAGUAGUAAAGGGUGCAAUUUUGCCCCCCCAUAUGAGUGGCAAGUUUAUCAGACUCUCAGCGGCUGCUAUGGUGUACCGGCAGUCCACUAUAAGGGCCGGCAGGGCGACUACUUUAUCCUUGUAAUGGAUAUCCUUGGUCCCAGUCUUUGGGAUGUAUGGAAUUCGCUGGGACAAGCGAUGUCUCCACAUAUGGCUGCUUGCAUUGCUGUAGAAGCCAUAUCAAUUCUUGAGAAGUUUCAUUCCAAAGGGUUUGUUCAUGGUGAUGUGAAACCAGAGAACUUUCUGCUUGGUCUGCCUGGAUCACCUGAGGAGAAGAAGCUUUUCCUUAUUGAUCUUGGUUUAGCAUCAAGGUGGAGAGAUUCGUCAGGUCAACAUGUUGAUUAUGAUCAAAGGCCUGAUAUCUUCAGGGGCACAAUUAGAUAUGCAAGUGCUCAUGCUCAUCUAGGUCGUACAGGUAGUAGGAGGGAUGAUUUAGAGUCAUUGGCAUACACCCUUAUAUUUUUAAUAAAAGGAAGAUUGCCUUGGCAAGGCUACCAGGGAGAUACCAAGAGUUUCCUUGUUUGCAAGAAAAAAAUGGCUACCUCUCCGGAUAUGUUAUGCAGUUUCUGCCCACCUCCGUUCAAACAGUUUCUUGAGUCUGUCACAAAUAUGAAAUUUGAUGAAGAGCCAAAUUACGCCAAACUUAUUUCUCUCUUUGAAAGUUUGAUUGAAUCACCUGCGUCAAGGCCCAUCAGAAUUGAUGGGGCCCUUAAGGUGGGGCAAAAACGUGGAAGGCUACUUGUAAAUCAUGAAGAAGAUGAUCAGCCUAAGAAGAAAGUUAGAUUAGGGAGCCCAGCAUCACAGUGGAUUUCAGUUUACAAUGCCAGGCGCCCUAUGAAGCAGCGGUAUCAUUACAAUGUGGCUGACAACAGGCUUCAACAGCAUAUAGAAAAGGGUAAUGAGGAUGGUCUAUACAUCAGUUGUGUGGCUUCUUCAGCAAACCUUUGGGCUCUCAUUAUGGAUGCAGGAACUGGUUUCGGUUCUCAGGUUCAUGAACUCUCACCUGUUUUUCUACAUAAGGACUGGAUAAUGGAUCAGUGGGAGAAAAGUUUCUACAUAACAGCAAUAGCUGGAGCAUUGAACGGAAGUUCAUUGGUUGUAAUGUCUAAAGGAACUCCUUACACUCAACAAUCAUACAAGGUUAGCGAAUCAUUCCCCUUCAAGUGGAUCAAUAAAAAGUGGAAAGAAGGUUUUCAUGUAACAUCUAUGGCCACAGCUGGAAAUCGCUGGGGAGUAGUCAUGUCAAGGAACUCUGGCUAUUCUGGACAGAUUGUUGAGUUGGAUUUCCUGUAUCCAAGUGAAGGCAUCCAUUGGCGAUGGGAGCAUGGUUACAGAAUAACUUCUUCAGCAGCUACCGGUGAUCAAGCCGCUUUUAUCUUGAGCAAGCCAAAACGGAAACCAGUAGACGAGACACAAGAAACUCUACGGACCUCAGCCUUUCCCAGCAACCAUGUAAAGGAUAAAUGGGCCAAGAAUCUGUACAUUGCUUCAAUCUGCUACGGGAGAACUGUCAGUUGACCAACGUAACUUGAAGCCCAAGGGAGGGACGUUUAGUACUUUGGCAAAUGAGCAUCAGUUGAUGUGAGAUACAAGAGAAUUGCCAUGAUAGGAUUCAAAAGCAGAAGUUGAUGUGAUGGUUAAUUCAACCUAAUUGUAAAACCGAAUGCAUGUUGUGGACCUUCUCCAUAAGAAGCUAACAUAAUCCACACGAAAUUUGCAUUUAUA